GGAACGAGGAGGGUGGUGGCGGGUGAGGGCGGUGCGCCAGCAGGCAGCACGGACGCACCAAAAUCGCACAGGGCGCGCGUCGCAACGAGACACCGAGAGGAGAGCGAAAGCCAGAAAAGGUCAAGAAAAGGGCGAAAGGGAGCCGAGAGCGGACAUCAUGGCGCUUAUCCCGUCACAGAUCCUCCGCAUCGCCAUCCUGCUGUCCUACUUCUCCAUCCUGUGCCACUACAAGGCUCUGGACAUGCCGGCGCGCCAGACAUACGGAGGCAGCUGGAAGUUCCUCACCUUUAUCGACUUGGUGAUCCAGGCGGUGUUCUUUGCCCUCUGCGUGCUAAUCGACGUCUCUAGUCUAAUGACGAGAGCCAGCGAAAACCGGGAGCAGGAGAGGCAGCUCAGGAAGCUGAUUAGCCUGAGGGAUUGGAUGUUGGCCGUCCUGGCCUUCCCCUUUGGCGUGUUUGUAGUGUUCACCUUCUGGAGUUUGUACCUUUAUGACCGAGAGUUGAUCUACCCCAAACUGCUGGACAACUUCAUCCCUCAGUGGCUCAACCAUGGCAUGCACACCACCGUGCUGCCGUUCAUCAUUAUCGAGAUGCGCACCACCCGCCAUCGGUACCCCAGCAGGUCAUGCGGCUUGGCGGCCGUCUGCUGCUUCGGCAUGGGCUACAUCCUCUGGACUUACUGGGUGCACCAGGUGACGGGCAUGUGGGUGUACCCCAUCCUCGAGCGCAUCACGUCGCUCGGCCGCUUCCUCUUCUUCGCUGUACUCUCUGCCGUCCUUUGUGUCUUCUACGUGCUCGGGGAAAUACUCAACAGCUACAUCUGGGACCAGCCGCAUACAGCCAAGGUCAAAGGUGAGUGAACUUGUUGUGCAUGUCAGUGGAGUCACACACAUGUGAGGUCACAUGUCAAGCUCCGCCCACCAAGACAGCACAAGGAUUGCAGAGCUGUGACUAUUGAACUCCAUCUAUCAGCACCAACAAGACUGAAAACGGGAUCCGGGACACACACUUAAACCCUUUUCUUUAUUUUGGCAAAACGAUAUAUACAUAUACACAUGCACACACUGUCACAAGGACAUAACACAAAAUAGGUCAAAAUGAUUUGUCAUUAAAUCAUAUUUAGUCAAACAUCAUGGUAAUG